UCUGUGUGUGUGCGCAGCGCCGGGUCGACUGAGACCCAGGUUUCCCUAAUAACCCGGGUGUUUGCUCUCUGCUGCUGCCUGCCGGUCUCCCGGGGAGCGCGCAAGCCCGCCCCAGCUACCCACCACUCGGGGCAGGAAUCGCAGCGUCUUCCUAAUGGACUCGCUGUUUACAAAAGGCACUUUCUCCCUGGUACCGUGGGAGGGUGGUGGCUUUCCCUCGGUUACUGCUCUGGCCAGGGGUUACUGUGCUAGGUUCCGAGCACGUGCCUACGUGAUUGCAGGAUCAGGGCCUUGGUGAUUUAUAUCCAGAGAACCAAGGUGCUGGUGACUGGGCCAUAGGAUGGUGUUGCAAAAGCAAGAGGAGGACGUCUCUGGAGAGCUGACAGAACCUCUUGCCCAGGAUUCAAAGACAAAGAUAGUGGAGGAAGAGGAAGAAGCACUGGUGGAAGUGGAGUUGGAGGACCUUGGCUCUGAGAGCAGCUUUGAAACUGAAACCCCAAAUGGACUUGGGGACGGUGGCCACCCCACCCCCGAGGACGAAGACAGCGGACCCUUGUUCUUUGAUAAGAGCCUGCAGCAACUUGACACCUCACACACAGUAACAUGUACAUUCUCAAUUUCAUUAGCUGUGCCAAUGGCUGCAGGUCCAAAGCAUAGGCCAUCCAAUUUAACUGACAAGCAGAGAAAAAAGUCUAAUGCUGGGAAAGAUGCAGUAGCUAUUCCAAAAAUGCGGCGUUACUACCACAUUGAGUACUUCCUUCUACCAGGUGAUGUUGAGCCUAGGAAACUUGAUUUGGUGUUGUUUGGUGUGGUGGCCAAGCUGUUUGUGGAAUGUGAAUCCAAGGUUGUGAAACCGUGGUUUGAAAAUGACCAAAUAUGGGUGUCCUGGAACCACAGUAUUGAUAUUCAUGUUACUAAUGAGUUUCUAAUAAAACUGAGAGAUCACAAAGUAACUCUGACGAUAUGGGAUACCAAGGACAAAGUUUCUGCAAAAGCUAGGUUUAGUAAACCCAGGGUUCCUUAUUCACCAGUAGAGGAUUCAGAUGCUAUUGGUGGGGUAAAAUAUACGGUGUUAUUGCAAAGAAAACUCUUUGAGGACAAUCAGCCAGAACACAGCUGUGUUAAAAUUAAAGGUGUGAAAGUACCCAGUGCACCAGAGAAACCUGCAAUGGGUCUUGCAGCAGGGGAAAGUAAGCCUUUACCAGAGGAAGCUGAACUGUAUGAGGCACCAGCAUCCCUUUCUGUUUUCCAAUCUUUACUUCCUCCCUCAAGGACAGAUGACUUUCCUUCAGUGAGUCAUUUUAGUGUUUCGGGAAACAUCCCUUCUAACAGAGACAAAAUCCUGAAUGAGGGCAAUAAUUUGAAGCAGAAUACAGUUGUUGGCUUUUCAGAUUAUGUAAUUCCAAAAAAGCCAGUAAAAACGAAGUUCAGCUUGGAAAAUCCAGCAGACCACACAAACAAAAAAGAUCCAAAAGGUGGUAAAAGGAAAAAUUCUACUCCUAAAAGAGGCCCUGCUCUUAAAGAACGAAAGCAGAGCACCUGUAAAGUGUCUAAUACCCAGACACUGGUUGCGGCACUGACAAAGAAGUGUGGCAUAGCAUCUUUGCAACUGGAUCUCAUGCCUCUCCUCUCAGGGGAAAGGUUAGUGAUCAGUCGACUGCAAGAGAAAUCCCCUAAGAUUUUAGAUGCUUAUGUGACUUUCACUAUAGAAGAACCUCUCAUGUCUGAGAGACAGAUAAGUGAAUUAAAUCCACUGAUUAUUAGGAUUCAUUCUGCUACAUGCCUCCCGAUGACUCCUGUCCCAAUUGAAGUGCUGCAGGCAACCUGUGUUCCCACAUACUGCAGAUACCAAUUUCACAACCUCCCUCCUCAUCAAACGGAAGGGCAAACCCAUGGAACUCACAUCUACUUUAAGGAUGUCAAUGUGAUUCUAACAGGGACAAUCAAUCCUGGGGAAUUGCAUGAGUAUUUUAGAGGGCCACCUUUGGAGAUUGAGGUUCAUGACCGGGACAGAAAAAUGGCAGAGGAUAUUAAAAAACCCUCUUUGUUUGGUGAUGAGCAAGAUGAUGGAAAGCUGAGUAAUGUUGGUCUCGUCUCUCGCAAAAACAUGGUCUAUAAUCCAUUUACAGAAAAGGACAAUUUAUGGCAUCCCUAUGGGGUAGCUAAAGUCAGUCUAACUGACCUACUGCUAGGUGAAAAGUACUUGAAUAUCAGUGUGCCCAUUCACAGCUGCUCAGUUCCAGAUCCUGGCUACCAGAAGGACAGUAAGACUGAAAAAAUUAUGGGAGUAUUGGGAUCAGUGGCUGGCCCUCAGACUUCUCCAUUGCCUAUGGGACAUUAUCUAGAAUCCGACGCAGUCCUGAAAGUCAGAGUUGAAAUAGCUGUGCCACUAGGUUUGCAGGCAGAAACGGCCGACACUGAAGUUGCAGAUUGCCCAUAUGGUUGCAUUGUCUAUAUUUUUGACUACAAUAAUGCACCUUGCUUACAUGAUUUGCUGCAAGAGAUUACAGAAAUUAAUGCUGAAGCACUCCAACUUGAUUCUUAUCCCCUACAAGUAAUUCAGAUGGCUCUUGCUACUUUCAAACUGAAAACCACAAUCAAGGAAAUUUCUGAGCUGGAUAUCAUUACUGGUUUUCAUAUCCUGGAUGGAACAAUUCACCUUUUAGUCUUGGAAGGAUUAAAGGACAAAGCAAUCAAGAGACUGUGGGAACAGCAAUUUGAUAAGACUCACAAAAGUGAAAAUGGAAGGUUGGAUAUAUUAUAUAACUCACAGCUGUCUUUCCAUCAGCGCCUGUAUACAGACCUGGAAGCAAUCCUUUAUCAUAUCCACCUCUGUAAACCCCUCUCUGCUAUAACAAGGCAACCUCUCCUUUAUGUCAGGGGUAUGGUUCCUCAGGCAUGUUUCCAAGCCUUGUCCAGGCUUGAUUAUCUCUGCCACAGUAAGAAGUUAAGGGAUGUCGUUCACAGAGGUCUGUUGCCCUCUGCAGAAAUGAUCACAGUCUUGAGUCAUGAGUUUGGGAUUCCCCUAACUAAGGAGGAUUUGUUUAUUCCAAGACCUCUCCUGCCCUCAUUCUUCCCAUUUGCUUUGCAAAAAUCCAGAGAAGUUACCAUAAAACCAGGAGCAAUGCAUUCUUUACUGGAUAACCACAAUGAAAAAUACAUUCAGUGGAAAAAGGAAAUGGAAGAUAAAAUGCAUUACAAAGACCACAUCCAGACUAACAUUGAUGCCGUGUACCUACUCAGUAGGAAGGUGAAAAAGCCGAAGUUCAGAGCCAUCAGGAGUUCUCCUGCUGACAACAAGUCGGUCUACAACUACAGUUCUCAGAACCUGAAUUCUGCAGAAUGGGCAAAGAUGCAACUUCGUAAGGAGCUGGCAAAGAAACCAGAGAGGAGAUUCGCUUAUUGCCACGAAUACCUGUCAGCCAUGUUUGAUCCUGUGGAUUUGGACACUGUCUGGAAAGAAUCUAUUGCAAAAUCCAAGAAUAUGUGGAUAUCACCAAGUGGAUUUGUAUAUCCUGGAUUUAAGAGCUGCACUGAAUCCAAUCUGCACCCUCGGAUGCCUGAUGAGGCACGUCUGAAGGAGUUAACUGAGAAAUGGCAGGAGAACAUUCUGUUUGCUAACAUUUUGGAGCCAGUGCUGAGUCGCGACAGAUGGAGUUGGGACCAGCGUCGCAUAGAUUUUGAUCUUUACAAGAAGCCACCUGUUUACCUCCCAGAAUCAGCUUCUGCUACUCAUCGGGCAGUGGACACUUGGCUGCAUGAAGACUCUGGUCAGCUUCAGAAAACUAUAUUUGAUGACACCAAGCUGAAAGUUUACAGGUGCUCCACAGCAGCUGAGCUAACCACACGUGGCCCAAAAGCCAGUGCCCAGCUAGACAAACUAAAGGGACUUCUGAAAGAUGAACCAGAGAAAUUCUCACUUAAGAGACCAGACAUGAUCCUGCAGCCUAUCCCAGCACUGUCAGUGUUGCAGCAUCUACCUGCCACUGGCAGUCACCCAGACCUGACGAGAAAGAGGAGCAUCACCAAUGGAUUUGUUCCAGGUCUUGAAGACCAGCACAGCUUGAAGUGGAAUGGGAAUAUAGUUCCCUGCCAUGACAUGGAACACAGGAAGUUUGAAAAGCUGAAAGGAGCCGACUUCAAGUUACUUUGUUAUAAACAUUCCUUUCUUUACAAGAGAAAGAGACCAGUGAAGAAAGGGGAGGAUACAACCCUUCUGCUACAGCAAGACUCCACUCAAGAGUCAGCUACUACUUCCAGUAAAUGGAAUAACCCUAUCACCCAACAGUGACUAGAAGAUGGGUACUCCGUUACAAAUCCAGACGUGACUUUACAAAAAAAAAAAAAAUCUCACAUACCAAGUUCAUUAAAGACUGAAGUUUUAAU